GCAAACGACGAAUGGGGUGCGACAACGGCGGCGAGUUGUGUGAGGGAGGCUGUUGUCACGUAGGCAAUGGCGGAUUCAAUGUCCUUUGCAAUUGUCUGGGAUGCGUCUUUCCUCAUGCCUAAUGCCAUCUUGGCUGGAGUGCUGCCGAGGGAUAUGCAUGAGGAGGCGGGCAUGUUGUUCACAGUGGAGGCGGUUACUCUUCCCGGCGGAGUGCAGACAACGGGGUACGUGCUUGGGGACAAUGGCUAUGGCCCCGUGCCAUGGCUGGUGGUGCCUUACGGCAGAAUGGUGGAGCGCAAUGACAAGGCGUACUUCGACACGUGCCACAAGACUGCGAGGAACGUCGUGGAGAGGGUUUUUGGGCGGUUGACGGACAUGUGGAGGUUACUCCUCAGGCACCACAAAACGAAUAUGGAUAACAUGCCCCAGCAGUUUAUGACGGUUUGCAUCAUCCACAACCUGCUCAUCGACGCAGGGGUCGACUUCGACGAGUGCUUGCUAAUGGAGAGAGACGCGAACGGGAUCGAGCAGCUGAUCGACAUGCAUGAACCCGCUGUCCCGAUGUCUCAAGUGGACGCAAACGAAGCGGCGCUGGACUUGCGUGUGGCACUAACUCACUGCAUGCACCUCCUCCGGGAGUAGAUGUGGCAAUAUAUUUUGUUGCCUCACCUCGUGGGUGUGAACACGUGGCACUGCAUUUAGGGUUAGAGGAUCUUCGAUGACGGUGUACUCGGUGGGGAUGGCGAUUUUGUGGUAGUGCUUGGCACAUUCCAGUCGGGCGUGGGUAGUUGGUUUAGAUGUUCUGUUUGAGGUGGAAGUCAAUCCUUUUGUCGUUCCGCGAAACCAAUCAAUGCUUGCACUUGCA